AUGGAGACUUGCUUAGAGUGCAAGAUACCGACGGAAACGGUGAUUGACCACAGAACCGGCGACACAAUCUGCACAGAGUGUGGCAUCGUCAUCGACCAUCACUUCAUCGAUCUCUCCGAGGAAUGGAGAACUUUCUCCAACGACGAUAGCAGUGACCAAGACCCAAAUCGCGUCGGAGCUCCCUCCAAUCCUCUUCUCAAAUCCGGCGGUCUCAUCACCGUCAUCGAAAAACCUAAAGAUCAACCUUCCUCCGUUUCCAAGAACGAGCUAUACGAGCUGUGUCGCGCGCAGAAUCUCGUCAAGAAUCCGGAGGAAGAUCUGAUCGUGAAAGCCUGCCAGGAAAUCAAGAGAAUGACGGACGAUCUCGGGCUGAUAAACGGCGUCGAGUUUAGGGCUUGCGAGAUUAUCUCGAAAUUCGACGGUGACAACAACAAGAGGUUACGCAGAAAGAAAAACUUGAUCGCUCUCUGCGCGGCCUCUGUUUCAACGGCUUGCCGUGAGCUGAAGCUCUCGAGGACGUUGAAAGAGAUUGCAACGGCGGCGAUCGGUGUGGAUUUGAAGGACAUAAGCAAAGCGAGUAUGGAGAUCAAGCGUCUUCUCGUGGCAGAUGAAGCGCAGGCUGCUUUUUCUGCUCCUCCGGUUAUUUUAAACACAACGGAGCUUGUUCAACGCUUCUGUUCCAAACUCGAUAUAAGCCAGAGAGAGGCGAUGGCGAUUCGAGAAGCGGUCGAGAAAGCUGAGAAUUACGAUAUCCGGAGAAACCCUAAGUCGGUUCUUGCUGCUAUUAUAUUCAUGAUCUCUCAGCUAUCUCGGACCAGAACCAGACCUAUUCGAGAAAUUGGGAUCGUUGCGGAAGUGGUGGAGAAUACGAUAAAGAGGUCCGUCAAGGAUAUGUACCCUUACGCCGUGAAGAUUAUACCCAAAUGGUAUGCUUCUGAAGAAGACAUUAUCAAGAGGUUAGGAGGUAUCGCAAGUUCUUGGGAUUCUUUAAAACGUACAGCAUAA